CUUCGAGAGCUCAGUGCUCACUCGGUAGCUUUGUUUCAUUUCUCUCUCUGGAGCUCCCUCUUUCAUUGUCUCAGCUAUGGCGGUCGGGGUUAGAAACCCUAAUUUUCUUUGUUUGAUCUCUGUUCUAUGCCUUCUCUCGAUCGCAUCUGCUAAGGUUUUCUUCGAAGACCGAUUUGAGGAUGGAUGGGAGAACCGUUGGGUUAAGUCUGAUUGGAAGAAAGAUGAGAACAUGGCUGGGGAGUGGAACUACACUUCUGGUAAAUGGAAUGGAGACGCCAAUGACAAAGGUAUCCAAACAAGUGAAGAUUACAGGUUCUAUGCCAUUUCGGCUGAGUUCCCUGAAUUCAGCAACAAGGAUAAAACUUUAGUAUUCCAGUUUUUGGUUAAGCAUGAACAAAAGCUUGAUUGUGGUGGAGGAUACAUGAAGUUACUUAGUGGUGAAGUAGAUCAGAAGAAAUUUGGUGGUGAUACCCCAUACAGCAUUAUGUUUGGGCCAGAUAUCUGUGGCUACAGCACCAAGAAAGUUCAUGCCAUUCUUACCUACAACGGAACUAACCAUUUGAUCAAGAAGGAUGUUCCAUGUGAGACUGACCAACUCAGUCAUGUUUACACAUUUGUCCUCCGACCAGAUGCAACCUACACCAUCCUUAUUGAUAAUGUUGAGAAGCAAACUGGCAGUCUUUACAGUGAUUGGGAUCUUCUUCCUCCUAAGAAAAUCAAGGACCCCGAAGCUAAGAAACCUGAAGAUUGGGAUGACAAGGAGUACAUUCCAGACCCCGAGGACAAGAAGCCAGAUGGUUAUGAUGAUAUUCCAAAAGAGAUCCCCGAUCCUGAAGCAAAGAAGCCUGAAGAUUGGGAUGAGGCUGAAGAUGGUGAAUGGACUGCACCAACAAUUCCCAACCCUGAGUACAACGGUCCAUGGAGCCCAAAGAAAAUUAAGAACCCCAACUACAGUGGAAAGUGGAAGGCACCACUCAUUGACAACCCUGAUUUCAAGGAUGAUCCAGAUAUCUACGUUUUCCCUAAGUUGAAGUAUGUAGGAAUUGAAUUGUGGCAGGUGAAAUCUGGUACCCUGUUUGACAAUGUCUUGAUCACUGACGAUCCUGAGUACGCAAAGCAGGUGGCAGAAGAAACAUGGGGCAAACAGAAAGAUGCUGAGAAGGCAGCAUUUGAGGAGUUGGAGAAGAAGAGAGAGGAGGAGGAAACUAAGGAUGAUGUAGUUGAUUCAGAUGCUGAGGAUGAAGAAGAGGCUGAAGAGCCCGAAGAUGCUGCAGAGGAAUCGGAUGCUGAAUCAAAGCAAGAGACAGCUGAAGACAGUGAUGACGAUACUAAGGAGUCUGACAAGCAUGAUGAACUGUAGGAAGGUUGAGCACAACAGCAGAGUUGAGGAGAGAUAAAGCUGGGGUUGCUGAAACUACUCCGAAUUUUUUUUCCUUAUUUUAUUUUUUACAUGUAGGAAUUUUCUCAGCGAAGUAAACUUUAGCUGUUUGAGCCCCAUUAGAUCAAAAUGAUGAAUUGUGGGUUUUUCAUCGUCACAAUUAUGAUAGCUCAAACCUGUUAAACUGCGAAUGGCGCUUAAAUUGCCUCCUCUUUUAUAUAAAUCUCUGUCUAGGCCCUUACGUAACUUAAA